GAUACCUCAGGCGUAUCUCUCACCCCAGCUCCAAAACCACCGUCUACUCUAUAUCCUCUCGUUCCUCCUAUGCCUGACGGGAAAGUUUUCACUCCAAACCCCUCUACUAACGACGUCUGCUCUUUAGAACCGUCGACACUCGACCUCCGAGCUGAAUUGGGCGACGCACACGACAUGUUUAAGCGAAACCCCAUCAUUUACACGCCUGGUAAAUUUGACUUACCAGACGACUGUGAUGGCACCUUUUCCCAGCAUUUGCUGUAUGAACUAGAAAAGGUGCACGCAAGGGUGAGGAGGUACACUUCCCCAGACGAGCACCCCUUUGCACCGGAGAGUAUUUUGCCGAAGCCCAUCCUUGGUAAUCUAGAAUACCCACAAACCUUGAGAAUCAACAACAUCAACGUCAAUUCGAUGAUAGAGGACACCUAUCGCACGUCUAUCUUGCCAGAAAUCUGUGAAGAGGGCGACGACCAGAACUACGGAAGCUCAGCCACGUGUGACGUGGCCUGCCUUCAAGCUCUCUCAAAACGAAUUCACUACGGGAAGUUUAUUGCGGAAGCAAAGUGCCAAGAGAGCGAGAGCAAGUACAGAGAACUGGCGAGAAAGGAGGACAAAGACGGAAUUUGGAAAUUGCUUUCGAAUCUCGCAGUUGAAAAAGUUCUUUUGAAACGCGUUGAAAACAAGGCCCGAAGCUAUGGCUUGGACAUUACCGUUAAUGGCCCCAAAGAAGUGUACAAGGUCAACCCUGUGAAGAUUGCAGAGAUCUACAGUGACUUUAUCAUUCCUCUCACAAAGGAAGUAGAAGUUGAUUAUAUAUUGCAGCGUUACAUCGGCAAUAAUAGCACAAAUUAAAGACCCUUGUACAGGAGUUGGCAAGUCCUUUCAA